AUGGAGGACGAUAAGAAGAAGAAGAAGAGGAACAAGAAGAAGAAGAACAAGCAGGGCGAGGCCACCGACGAUGUUCCUGUUGCCGGAAACGGACAAGCUUCCCAGGCCGCAGGAGAUGUUCAUACCGAUGAUGCCCCCGCCGUCGGCGGUGACCAAGUUUCAGAGGCCGGUGGCGGUGCUCGUUCCGAUGCUGAGCGAGAUGGAGACGGAGAUGUGAAUGGGAAGAGGCAUGAGAGCAAUGGCACGGAAUCUGCUGCAUUAGAAGAAACAAUCAAACAAUUGCAAAUCGAAAAGGACGUAUACAUACAGAAAGAGGCUGGUCUACAGAUGGAAAAUGAUCAAUUACAGAGCGAAAAAGUUUUGUGGCUUCAGAAAGAGGUUGGAUUAGAGGAGAGAAUUGGUCGGUUAGUAGAUGAAAACGGCACUUUGCAUUCGGAAAAGGCAAGCUUACAGGAAAAGAUUAAACAUUUAGACGGAGAUAGAGACACUUGGAUUCUAAAGGAGGAUUCGUUUAAAGAAACAAUAGCAACUCUGAAUGAUGAUAUUGCUAGAUUACGAGCACAGGUAUCAGAAUUGGAGCAAUCCAGGAAUAAUCUUGUACAAGAAAAUCAACAGCUGAUGGAAAACGUUUCUAGUUUGCAGUUGCAAAUUAAGAAUCUUGAGAGUGUCUCCUCUACUCCAUCAUCAGACGACCUUGCAAAGCAUGCUUCGAAACGUGAGGAGUUGAACUCUCAGGUUGAAGCAGCAUGUUCACUGGUUGAGAAAUUAGUUGCAGAAAAUGCAGAGCUUGUUGAGAAGGUGAAUGAGUUGUAUGGUGAACUUGACCGACGGAGCCCAACAGUUGAACUCACUUCAACAGCUUCAACAGAAGAAUCUAAUACAACAGUUGUUCCUCCUGAAACUGUCAGUGUCAUCGAUCCCAGAUCCAAUGAGGAUAUGUCAACAUCAGACCAGAAGCUUGAUUCUCCAAAAGAUGUUCCAAUCAAACAGGAGAUGCAUAGUAAUGGUAAUGUGGAUUCUGAACAUGCUGCUUUAGUUCCAGAGUUGCCAGUAUCUGAUGAAAUUAGUGAAAUUGUGCAAAUUCCGUUGGAUGAGAAUGAAGUCGGGAACCCAGAGGUGUCUCUCGAGGAUGACAAAAAUGCUGCUGUGCCACUUAUAGAAGCUCCCCUGAUCGGUGCUCCUUUCCGGUUAAUGUCAUAUGUUGCUAGAUAUGUUAGCGGUGCUGACUUGGUUAACAAGGGUUCUACUUGACUCUAGUUAUUAGCUUUCUACCUGUUCAUGAGCAGCGGCAUAACUUCCUGAUAUGUUUGUCGACGUUACUAUUCUUUUAGAGGUCGGGCCUUUGUUUUGGCCAUUUACAUUGUUAAAGUAUCAAAAAAUGUAACUUCUGUUGAAGAAAUACUUGUAAGCUGUGGGAUUUCAGGGCUUCGCUCCUCUUUUUAUGGAUCUUUACCCUGUUUGUCGCAGCAGGUCUGCACGUUUUUGGCAAUAGAAUUCUCAUUGCAGUUGCAGGAA